CAAUCGUCUUGAACGUCUCGAUUUCUCCACUUCACCAUCAUAUCAUCCUCACCACCAACGUCUCCUCCUGCUUGCGCAUCUGCAAUUGCAGUGUAGACUCAGCAACCUGCUGCCCUCUCUUUAACGCGGUUGCCAGUGGUAAGGCCGUCGUCAUCGCGCUUGUCCUGACCCAACAGAGAUUUGUCCGCUCCUGCCGCAGUUACCCUCCGCACUGAUUGUGCCUCAACAACGCAAACCUGUUGAAUUGCCAACUCUGCAUAUCGAUGCUAUUACUCCCACUCAUUUCGACUCCUCUCAUCGAGCCAUCCUAUCCCAAGUUUUCCAUGCCCUGGGCGGUCUAGAGCAAUUGGCUUGACCCCACUAGUCCCUCUCAUUAGGGUCUUUCGUCUGGCUGCGCCAAAACGCGCCAACAUCUACCGGCACUCCCAUUAUCACUCUACAUCGCUUCCUUCCUGGCUUUGCCGUAAAGCAAACAACUCCUUCAGACUUUCCGCACUCCGACCUCAUCCUCCGAUAAAUCCUGGUUUGUUAUCUCCGACAUGACCUCUCAAGGCCUCUCCAGAAAGAGGCCUGCGCCGGGCACCUCCCCUACAAACUACCCUCAGCAAGUCCCUCCACAGAACACAAAUCCGAUACCCCCUUACAAUUCUGGCCUGGACGCCAACUUGUCCAAUGAACAGUUUCUUCAAUGGGGCCAAGGUGCUCACCAGCUACCUGCCUUUAAUGAUAACAGCUACGCCUCCAAUUCCUCUACCUUCCCUCAACCCAGCCAACAAUCCUCAACACAAUUGACGAGACUUCCGAUGGGACAGUUGGCCCCACGCAACCGUUCGGGUGACGAACCCAGCGGUUGGUUUGACCAAACUGGAGCUCAAGGCCCAGAUGCGGAUUGGUCCAACAGCAUCGCCGAACUAGAAGCGAAAGCACAAAUUGCCAAAAAAGAAGCCCAGGCAAAACGAAAGCAAAUCCCUCCUUUUGUUCAAAAGUUAAACAGCUUUCUUGAAGACGGUCGCAAUACUGAUUUGAUACGCUGGGCCGACGAUGGAAACUCCUUCAUCGUUGUUGAUGAAGAAGACUUUGCAAAAACACUAAUUCCCGAGCUUUUCAAGCACAACAAUUAUGCCUCGUUUGUCCGCCAACUCAACAUGUACGGCUUCCAUAAAAAAGUAGGCCUCUCCGACAAUUCCAUGCGCGCAAGUGAGCGCAAGAAUAAAAGUCCCAGCGAAUAUUCGAAUCCAUAUUUCCGAAGGGGUUGCCCAGACUUAUUAUGGCUGAUCCAAAAGCCGAAGAAUCUCAGCAGUGGCUCCAGCAAACGAAAGGGAAAGUCAGACAACGAUGCUAACGAGGAAGACGGCGAUGAAGCAGUAGAUGAAGUAAUAAACACCACCGACUCCCGCGCCCGCACGCGUCCAGGUCAAUUGGCUCUAGGGUCAAUGGAAUCGAGUCUGACUCAAGAACAAUUUUCAAGCGUACAACGAGAGCUGCAGGCCAUCAGACAUCAACAGUCGCAGAUCUCCCGCAUGAUGCAGGCAUUGAAGCGGGAGCACGAACAGCUCUACGGUCAAGCAGCCACAUUUCAGGAUCAACAUACCCGACAUGAGAACUCGAUAAACGCCAUAUUGACCUUUCUAGCCACGGUUUACAACCGCAGCCUACAAGGCCACGAUGCAGUACCAGGCAUCGCCAACAUGUUUACCAAUGGCAUGCCUGUUGAUACAAGCCAAGGCAACGUGGUUGAUGUCGGCGACUUUUCGUUUGACCAUCUCGAAAGUCCCGACAGUGGGCUUUCGAAACCUUUCCGGAAACAACCACUGCUGUUAACCGACGGUGUUCAGCAUGGUCGAGCAAGUACCAUCUCCCCUCGGCCAAGCAACAGUCCUUAUACUCAGCGUGCUCGUCUGGCAGGCCAGAAUGUUCGCCCAGCCCAGCAAUCUGUCUUAUCACCCAAUGUCGAAGAAGUAUUCGAUCCUGGCGUAAACAGUCCAAACUCGAUCCCUCAGCAGGCCAGUUCUGUCCAGGCUGCCACUCUCCCUCAGCGUGACAUGAUGUCGGUGAUCCAAAACACAAACGCACGCAAUUCGAGCGCAUCCCCUUCAACUCCAGUCCAAGAUUUCAACACCGUCCUCAACAGCCUCGAAAGUUCUGGCGGUACAGGACCCCUGAGUAAUUCUCAACGGGCCGAUGUUCUUCGAAUGAUAAAUCAGUCGGCUCGGCAACCAUCUGGCUCUGACAAUGCUCUCAUCAAUUCCACACCACCCCCAGGUCCUACUAAUUUUCAGCGUCGUCUUGCCAGUACGAAUGCCGAUCUCGACCAAUUGGCCAAGUUGCAAGCCGAACAGGACAAGAGUGUACAGAAUCUGACCAACCUCCUCCAACCGCUGAGCCCGACGGGGUCUAUUCCCGGGAUCAACGACGGACAAUCACUGCCACCUCCACCACUGGAUAUUGACGACUUUCUCUCUCACAACGAGUACUUUACCGACUUUCCCAGCGACGGGAAUGGAAAUUAUGAAUUUGGCAGCACAGGCCUCCCGAAUGCGAACCAAGGCACUGAUGGAUUGGAUUUUUUGAAUUAUAAAGACGAUGACGAGCUUUUUGGCAAUGUGAAUGACCCGCAAAAUAAAUCCGGAGUCAACUUCGAUUUCGGUGCAGACGGUACUGCAGAUGUCAAAUAUCCUGAUGAGGUGGAAGAAGGAGGGAGAGUUGAAAGUGUGCCUAGCAGCGAAGUCACCACACCCAAUUCUGCAUCUAGUGAGACGCCGUACAACAAAAGUAAAGGGAGGAAGCUGAGUGGCACCAUGGAUCGUUCAGAGCAAAAGAAGAGAAGACGGUCAUGAAAAAUGUGUGUUCAAUUGGAAUCCAGCUCGUGUCCCGCCUGCACAUGUGAUGAGCUGGGCCAACGCAGCUCUUGCGGUUACCUGCCUCGAGGCUGGAAGACAUCAGAAAACCAUGAGAUUUCCAUGUCUCGAUCUCGGCGACAACGACAAGGAGCAAAACAAAAUCGUUCAAUCGCUUCAUAAUAGCAUCAUGAGACGAAUUGGCUGGAUAAGUGAAGCAGGCGCUCAUUCAGGUCUUGCAUAACAAUGAGACACCAUUCAAAGCAAAGGGGGGCUUUAGUCUUGCGCUAUUUAGGUCUUGGUAAAUUAAAAGAUCAAUUGUUUCAUUGCAUCAA